AAAAUUUACUUCUUUUAUGAUAGAUGAAGGAUAUUAUAUUGCAAAUUAAAGAGUGUUGUCUUCACAUAAUCACAUUAACUUAUGCGUAGAAGAGUAGUUUCUUACGAUAAUUUAAUACGUAGUUCAGAAAUUUUAGCAAACGAAUCACAUCUUAUGCUCACAAAUUAUUUUAAAUAAAGAUGUGGUUAUGCGGAGUUUUUUUUCUUGUAGUUUUCGCAAAUACGUUACCAACAGGAAGCGGUUCAAGUCUUCAAGAGUUAUUCGUUAAUGCGACGAACGAAGCCAUUGAAACAGGAACUCUAAAAUUAUCAAUUGGACUUCACGAUGACACUGUGGUAACAGCAUCACUAAGCGCACCAAGCAAUUACGACUGUACGGUGCGAUCUGCAGUACCAGCGGACGUUCGUGCACGAUUGGGACUCAGCACGUAUUAUACGCAAUAUGCUCAUGCCUACGGUAUACCGGUAGUUAGCUCAAGCCGCGUAAAGCCAGAAGCCCUGGAGCGAGCUUGUUACGUCAUGAGGUUUCUGUUUGCCGAUCGCAAGGAUAUUCGAGACUGGUUCUACAGACGAAAGGGCAGAGCGGGAAUCAUGGCAAGAUCAGAAGGCACAACGAUGAUUCCCGAACACAGUUUCUUGCCAUCGUGGUGGAACGAAAGAGCACGUGGCCUGGGCGCUACUAUUCACAUCCCCAUUUCCACGGGGGGUGAAGAGAAUCUUUUAUGCGAACGACCAGAUCGCUACUAUAACGAAGACAUCUUUCUUCACGAGUUUGUUCACGGUAUUCAUAACUUGGACUGGAGCUAUUCCGACUUUUGA